AUGGAACUGGACAUGUAUAACAUGGUGGUGCAGGCGGACGGCAGCGUCACAUACCAGCUGACCGACCCAACAACGUGGGGCGCGUGGGCACACGAUGGGCAUCGGCUGUGGGCGUCCAUGUCGGAGGAUUUCUGGCUGUACGAGUACAAGGUGCGACGGUGCCCGCAGCCGUACAGUCAUGACUGGACGGCGUGCCCCUAUGCGCACAAGGGCGAGCGUGCUCGCCGCCGUGACCCGCGCCGCUUCAACUACGUCGCCGUCUCCUGCCCGGAGUAUCGCGCCAAUGCGCACGCGCACGCGCAGCUCGGGCUCGCCGCCGCCGGUCACCCGCCGCCGACCUGCGCGCGCGGGCUCAGGUGCCGCUACGCGCACGGCGUCUUCGAGUUGUGGCUGCACCCGUCCCGGUUCCGCACGCGCAAGUGCGAGGCAGGCACGCGCUGCCAACGUCGGAUCUGCUUCUUCGCGCACUUCACCCACGAGCUCAGGGGCGAGGACCCGGUCGCCGCCUUCCCUGCCACCGCAGUGCCGCCUUCGACCUUCGCCAUGCUGCGGACGCCGCCCCGCAUCUUCCAACGCACUCCAUCCACUCCUGUGACGCGUCCGCAGGUUGUUUCAACUCCACAGCUGUUCGAUGACCUCACCCUACAGGCCACUCCAAACAGGCUUCGCAUGCUGAGCCUAUACUCUGCCAUCACCGGGGACGAUGUUUUCUCCUCCCCCGUCGCCACCGCCUCCGCCGUCGCCACUGCUGCCACCACCAUGCCGACCCUCAGGGCGCCCUUACCGGCAAACGAGGACGGGCAUGAGGAGGACACUAAAUCCGUGCACUACGCGGAUGACGAAGACUCCCUGCUGAACGACUACCCGCACCGAGAUCUCAUCAUGGACUUUAUGCGCUAG